AUGGCCGCAGGAAUCGUUAACAUUCGUCGUGACGUCGAUGACAAGUUUUACCGCUACCGCAUGCCCCUCCUCACGACCAAAAUCGAGGGUAAAGGCAACGGCAUCAAAACUGUCAUCCCCAACAUGUCCGACGUCGCCCGCGCUCUCUCACGCCCUCCGACCUACCCUACCAAAUUCUUCGGCUCCGAACUCGGCGCGCAGACCUCCAUUGACGAGAAGAAUGACCGGUACAUCGUCAACGGCGCCCACGACGCGACCCGCCUUCGCGAGCUCCUCGACGGUUUCAUCGAGAAGUUCGUCCUCUGUGGGUCGUGCAAGAAUCCCGAGACGGACCUCAUCUUGACGAAGAAUGAGAUGAUCAUCAGGGAUUGCAAGGCUUGUGGGGAGAGGACGGGGGUGGAUAUGAGGCAUAAGCUCACCACGUAUAUUCUCAAGAACCCGCCCAAGAAGGCGUCGAAGGGGAAGAAGAGCGCCGGUGGACAUGCUGAGGCGCCCUCGACUGGGGGUCCGCUACCAGAGACUAAUGGUGGAGGAGAGGAGAACGGAGCGGCAGGGGGCGACGAGGCGGGGAGCGACGAUGAGUUGACGAGGAGGAUCAAGGCGGAGGCGGCGGAGCUGAGCACCAAGACGAAGUUGGCUGAGGAGGACUGGUCGGCGGAUACGUCACCCGAGGCCGUCAAGGCUCGUAUGAGCGCCAUGCAGGGGGCUAUGGCUGGGAUCUCCAUCAGCGCCGCUGGUGGCGAUGAUGACGGCAGCGACGAGGAUUAUGAUAGCCCGUAUUCUCAGCUCGGUCGCUGGGCAGAGGAGACUGAGGAUCCGACCCCGGUUGAGGUCUUCAAGAAGGCUCAGGACUUGGGCAUCGAGAAGAAGCACAAAACCGUGCAGGUUCUUGCUCAGGCUCUCUUCACUGAGGAUAUCCUUGUCCAGAUCCCGAAGUACAAUCCUCUCUUCCUCAAGAUGAUCACCUCGGAGAAGCACCAGAAGGCCCUCCUUGGAGGUGUUGAGCGUCUUGCGGGUGUCACUUACCCUGACCUCGUCCCCCUCAUUCCCAAAAUCUUGAUGGCCUUCUACCAGGUCGAUGUUCUCGAGGAGGAAGUGAUCAAGCAGUGGGGUACCCAUGUCAGUAAGAAGUAUGUGGACAAGGAUACGAGCAAGAGGGUCAGGAAAGCGAGCGAGCCGUUCCUGAAGUGGCUUGAUGAGGCGGAGGAGUCUGAGGAAGAGUCUGAUGACGAGUAG